CCGAUGUGCUAAUAACCUACCUCCGUCACCCAAAGUCGGUGUUUGCGCGGAGUUAGUCCUGUGAAGCCGUUACGGUGACGUCAAGGUACCGACGUUGAUGAAGUUAAAGCUCGUUGCAUAUACAUGUUGAUGUAGAAGCGCUACGUGCUGUGUCGUGUCAGAUCGUCAACAUCUUUUUCGCAUUACUGGUACAUUGCAUGAUGGCACCCGCGCAGAAAUCACAAGUGUUCUUCAUCACUGGCACUUCUACCGGUUUUGGUUACGAACUUGUCAAGAAAUGUUUGUCGGAAGGUGAUAAAGUCGUGGCCACCGCGAGAAACAGCUCGAAGCUGCAGUUCGAGGGCACUACGAAGGAGAACUUCCUCGCCGUCGAUUGCGAUGUUACCGAACAGAAGUCCAUUGAUGCUGCGUUCGACAAAGCAUUGUCCCAAUUCGGUCGCGUUGAUGUGGUCGUGAACAAUGCAGGCUACGGAUUAAGUGGCGAGUUCGAAUCACUGUCUGAACGCCAGCUCCGAACGCAAAUGGAGGUUAACUUCUUCGGCCUCCUCAAUGUCACGCGUAAGGCCUUGGAGGUUAUGCGGGAGAAGAACAGUCCUCCCGGAGGCAAGAUCCAGCAGAUCACGUCCAUUGGCGGCCAACGGGGUGUUCCUACAUUUUCCAUCUACUGCGCGUCCAAAUGGGCGGUCGAGGGUUUCACAGAAGCCCUGAGCCAUGAACUCAAGCCAGAAUGGAACAUCAAACUCACCUGCAUUGAGCCUGGAGGAUUCCGGACGGACUGGGCUGGCAGGAGUAUGAUCUUUGGAGAAAAUAAGAAUCCGGCUUAUGAUCAUAUUGACGCCAAGGAAACCAUGGGCAAACGACAUGGCACUCAAGCCGGCGAUCCCGCUAAGGGCGCAAGGGCUAUGUGGGAAAUCGCAAAGAUGGAGGAUCCUCCACUGCGGACCGUCAUAGGUUCAGAUGCUUAUACAGCCAUAAUGGGCAAGAUCAAGACGUACUCUGAGUUGUACCCCAAGUAUGAGCAGCUGGCAAACAGUACAGAUGCCGAGGGAUAUCAGCGGCCGUCAUAGAUUCGUAUGAUGCCCUUAGACAUGCAGUAGCAGACUGGAGGUGAAUGCGGCUACCCAGCAAAGGUACGGUCUGCCAUCGCAGGGAGCCAACGGAGAAGCAGUUAGGUAGAGGACUCUCCGUAGACAUCACCGUGGCCAGCAUGCGUGAAGCUGCAAAAGACCUUGCUGCAUCUCCGAUGGUUAAGGCUCACAUGCGUCGCUUCGUAAAUGGUGGCUUAAACAAGGUUGGGCCGCUCGGAUCGAUGGAGAGGGGUAGAGCUGACGUGCCAAUGGCACUUGACGUGGGCAAGAACGAACGGUUCCCGAGCAGCAACUGCCAACAACUCACCUCGACGCAACGGAGUCGAAGGCU